CCAAUACCACGUACUUCCCCAGCUGUCCCUCCCAUCUCCCUCUCAAUAUCAGUCGCUCUCCCUUCUUCACUGCCUUACGCCCCUCGGAAUGGCAGAAUCACACAGAUACAAUGCCACCUACAUAUUAUAGCACCUCGCGCUCAACACGCGACCACUUCGUCGAACCUCCUUCGCUGCUCGCGAGCACCCUCGCGCGUUUCCCCUCUGAGAUAUCUGUACAGAUCCACAGGAUGUGCGAGAGAAGUGGGAUUGCGAAUGGGGUUUCGACGAGACAGAGAGGCUUGAGGAGGUGGCGCUGGGGUUGGAGGGAUUGGGUUAAUCUUCCGCAUGCGCUGAUUGCGGUUUGGUUUGUUGUGUUGCUUUGGGGGGAGAGAUGGGUAUUUCAAAAUGCGGUGGAGGAUUGUAGAUGGGGAAAUUGGGAACGAUGGGUAGGUUGUUUACUGGGGUUUCUGUGGAGAGGUAUUGUUGGGUUGGAGUUGUGGCUAACUAUAAAUUAUAGCCCAAGGAAGCGACGCCUCAUCAUUUGAUACUACUCGCAGAUCCCCAAAUUAUCGAUCCUCAUUCAUAUCCUGGUCGUCCGUGGCCGUUGAAAGAGCUUACCAUGUUGCAUGCGGAUAAUUAUAUGAAGAGGAGUUAUAUCUCCCUGCAAAAGAAGCUACACCCAGACACCAUUUUCUUCCUGGGGGAUCUCUUCGAUGGAGGACGGGAAUGGAAGGCCGCAGUAGGGAACGUCGAGGAUCUGACAUGGGCAAAUGAUCAGCCACCACUCAAAGAGGGGGAGGAACCGCCUCCAAAGAAUUUUACAUGGGGCCAGAGGUUUGGCGAGGACUUUUGGCUUCAUGAGUACGAUCGAUUUGGGAGGAUAUUCUACAAGUACUGGAAUUUGGGAGGGUCGGAGGCUGGACCGGGCCAACGUGGGAGAAGGAUCAUCUCGAGUUUGCCUGGAAAUCAUGAUCUUGGAUAUGGAGAGCUUAUUAAAAUCCCAAUACGGGAUCGAUUCGAAGGAUAUUUUGGGGAGGGAAAUAGGGUGGAUGUUAUUGCGAAUCACACGUUUGUUUCGAUAGAUUCGGUCUCACUGGGUGCUAGCGAAUCGGAUCAUGACACGACGGAAAUCACGAAGCCAGUAAAUGAAUUUCUAGCGAACGCUAAAGUUUUGAAGAGGAAGGCUGUUGCGAAUGAAUUGAGCUACCUGGCUGGUCGGGAAAGAAUCAUAAAAUAUAGUCAUGGAGUAGAGGAUUUGGAGACUGCGGAUUUCAACAAGAUGCCAAGUUCUGAUCCAGGGCCGGAUACUCCUGAUCUUCCUACUAUACUCCUCACUCAUGUCCCUCUCUACCGAAAUCCAGGAACUCCAUGUGGACCUCUGAGGGAAAGAUAUCCUCCAGCAAAACCACCGCCAGGACAAAAAACUCAUGUAUCCCCAGACGAGAGGAAUGCCCUUCCUGUUUCCCGGGGUUAUCAAUAUCAAACAGUAUUGAGCGAAAGUGACUCUAUUAAGGUGAUAGAGUCAAUUGGAAAUGUACAGCAAGUUUUCUCUGGGGAUGAUCACGAUUACUGUGAAAUCAUCCAUCCAGAAAACAAGAACAGAGCGAGAGAAAUCACCGUGAAGGCCGUAUCAUGGUGUAUGGGCGUACGAAAACCAGGAUUCCUCAUGCUCAGUAUGUGGAAUCCCAUCGGACCAGAUGGAAGACCUCUACAUUCAACACCAACCGGACACGGCGCUGCUCCUACCAUACCACUUACCACAGAAACGCAUUUAUGUUUGCUACCCGACCAAAUAGGGAUUCUCAUCCGCUAUGGAAUCCUCAUAGGCAUCUCCCUCCUUGCCCUCAUCAUCCGGGCUAUCUUGACUCCUAUUUUAAAACUUACACCUUUCGCCCCACCACCACAAACCUACAUCGAGUCCUCCCUCCUCCCAACCACUCGAUCACGUACUCUAUCGCUCUCGCAACAAAAAACGUCCACCUUCUCCAACUCCUCCACCUCCUCCACAACAUCCAAAACUCUCGCACCCCGCACCAUGGGCGCGAGGACCCGACCCAUCUCCCCUAUCAAUGGAUACGGCCCCAACGGCUACGGGAUCCCGCACCAUCAAAGUCUCCCACUCAUUAAUCACGCGGGGUAUUUCCCUUCCCCCGAGCAGGAAUUGGAGGACCAGAUGGAUUUUGAUGAUAAGAAGGGAGGAUUAGUGAGGAAGGAAGCGAAUUUGACGCCCCUGCAGAAGAUUUGGAGGGAGUUUUAUAUGAGUUUUUGUAGGGUGGUGUGGGUGGUUGUGGGGGUUUAUGCGUGGCUGGUUUGGUUUUAUCCGGAAUGAGGGGAUGAGUGGAGUGAGU